AUGGAGACGUUCAACGUUACAUGGUGGGAGGACUUGGCAUGGCGAGGCUACGCCAUGAGCGAGGACGGCUCUCAGUUCUGCCAGACGAAUCCCUCCACGGUUAACUCUUACGGCAUGUGGGAGAAAUUCACGUACAGAUCUCGAGGGAUCGGCUUCUGGGAAUACCCUCUUCCCAAUCUCGAGAUUAUGAUCCUCUCCGCCUUCUUGCUAUGGCGAUUCUUCGACGUCUUGUGCAAGAAACUAGGUUUUCUAAUACCCAAAUUCACAUGCAUGAUGCUCGCGGGUCUAGUCCUGAGCCAAGCUUGUCUCCUCAGCGAAGAUUCAUUGAUUCACCAGAUAUUUUUCCCGGACGACUACAAGCCUAAGAUCCCCGAGACGCUCGGGGCGUUCGGGUUUCUCCUCUACUGGUUUCUGAAAGGCGUGACAAUGGACGUCGGCAUGUUUAUGAAGACGGGGAAGAAGGCUGGUCUGAUAGGGUUUACGACGACGGUGGUGCCGUUGCUCUUAGGUUGCACGUUCACAUCCAUUAGGAUGAGAGGACAGGAUACGAUGUUGACAGAGUUUGAAUACAGAGCAAUCGUGUUCGUUCAGAGCUUAUCUCCAUUCACAGGGGUCGACACCCUCUUGAGAGAUCUCAAGAUCAACCACUCCGAGUUCGGUCGUAUCGCUCUGUCUUCGGCUAUGGUCUCCGACCUGAUAGGCUUCGUCUACACCUUCUUCUUCGCCAUUCUUUGGGACAAGGCUUUGGGUAUUAUGGAAACCCUAGCCGCUUGCGUGUUCUUCGCAGCCAUGCUUUACUUUGUGAGACCGGCCAUGUUCUGGGUCAUCAAACAAACACCGGAAGGACGACCCAUCAAGGAUAUCUACAUCUACUCCACUCUCGUUCUCGCUUACUUGUCGUUCCAUUACUGGCACCAUAUCGGCCAUUUCGGCCCGGCCGGACCGUUCGUUCUUGGCUGGGCGAUCCCGGACGGACCUCCCUUAGGGUCUGCGCUGGUGCAGAGGUUCGAGAACUUCAAUCUCGGUGUCAUCUUGCCGCUCUUUGGAUCGCUCACGACAAUGCAGGUAGAUCUACCAUGGUUGGUCGGGGAGAUCGAUAAUUUAAGACGUAUGGAGGGUCGAGUAUACGAGGCCGUGUCCCUAAUCUUGCUCUUGUCUGCUACGAAGUUCCUUAGCUCUGUAAUAACUGCGUUUGCUGUCGGAAUGCCUUUGAGAGACGCCAUUGUUCUCGCCCUUACACUGAGUAACAAGGGUGUCUUUGAGCUCGCUUACUUCGUAACUGCCGUGGAACUCAAGGUUGUGCAUCCAAAUGUCUUCACGAUCAUGGCAGCGAACAUUCUCGUGAACUCUCUGAUUAUACCAAUAGCCAUAGAACUUUUGCACGACCCAUCUGAAAAGUUCCGUUGUUACAGAAGAAGGAACUUAAUGAACCUCAGAGACGACUCUGAGCUGCAAACCCUAAUGUGCGUUCACAAGCCCGACCACAUAACCUCCAUGAUCAACCUCCUCGAAGCUUUUCAGCCAGCUUCAGACCACGCUCCAGUCACGUGCUACGUCCUCCACCUCAUCGAGCUUGUCGGUCAAGCCACUCCCAACUUCAUCUCCCACCAGGUCCAGAAACCGGCGGCCGGCAGCCAGUCUUGUUCCGACAACGUCAUCGCCUCUUUCAAACGGUUCCACCAGAGAUUCUCCGACUCAAUGUCGCUUCACAUGUUCACUUCUCUCUCCAUGGCCAAGCACAUGCACGAAGACAUCUGCUGGCUCGCCCUUGCUAAGAGCUUAUCCCUAAUCCUCCUCCCUUUUCACCGGACGUGGUCUAUUGACCGGUCGACGAUCGUGUCCGAUGACGAUACCAUGAGGAAUCUCAAUCUUAACGUCCUGAGACGCGCCCCUUGCUCGGUUGGAAUCCUUGUCUACCGUAAAUCCAUCUGGCACCCGCAGUUGAUGGAUUCCCGUUGCAAGGUCUGCUUGAUAUUCGUUGGAGGGAAAGACGACAGGGAAGCAUUAGCGUUAACCAACCGAAUAAGGCUGAUGAACAGAGAGAUAAGCCUAACGUUCAUACGGUUUAUCCCGACGGCUUCCCCUUGGGAGAGCAAGGGGACCGCGCAUGAUGCCGAGGAUCUGAAGACGAUCAUGGGAACGAACGAUGAUUCCACCGUGGGCGACGAUCAUUUGGUCAACUAUAUCGACAGAGUGGUGUCGGAAGGGUCCGAGAUGUCGAUUAUUCUACGGUCCAUGGCUCAUGACCACGACCUGUUCAUAGUCGGGAGAAGCAGUGGAAGAGACACUCCGGUCACGAGAGGGAUGAGUGAAUGGACCGAGUUCGAUGAGUUAGGACCCAUUGGAGAUUUACUAGCGUCCAAGGACUUCCCAUCUAGGGCUUCUGUCUUGGUGGUUCAACAGCAAGACUGCAGAGACAAUAGAUAG